AUUAUCCCAUUUUACAGACAGUGAGAAACUCAAGCACAGGAAGGCUAACUGACUUAUUCCGGUGAACUAUUUCUGGUAUCGCUGGAGCAAAGAAUAGAAAACAUUUCCUGGCCACCAAAUGAACAUUCUUUUAUCAAAGGGGAAAAUCCCUAACCGUACUAAUACCCCACAAUAUUUUAUGUAUUAAAAGCACAAACGCUCUUCAGCUGAAGUUGUGACAUCUAAAAUAUUCAUCUGCAAAUUGUCUAUAAAACUUCUCGAAGUGAUGAGCGCUGGUUUUUCUUUGAAAGCCAACCAAGCAGGAGCAGAUAGAAGACAAUUUUAUAACUGAAAGUAUGCCUGUUAGCUGGUCUAUUAGAAAGCCCAGUCUGUAGAUAACACCGUUAUCUGGUCGGGAGCUAGGAAUCACCCAGCCUGUGAGUUGACUGUGAUCUGCUUGGUAACUUUGCUUGUUGUAAAUUGCUCUUUUCCCCUUGCUGAUGAAGAAAAUAAUCACACAAGUAGGUUAGAUAAAUAACAUGUACAUUUUAGGAAUUUCUCUUUGUGAAAAUUGUCUAAUAACCAACAUUUUGGAACUCUUAACAGAUUAACUGGAAAGAUGUUUCUUCAAUGUAGGCUUUUGCCUCAACAUAUUUGAUGGUGAAAUUAUUUGCUGGGCUGUCUGUUGCCAGGAUUUAAUCAUUUGCCCCUAGCUCAGGUUGUUCGGUAUUUUAGAAAUAGUCCAAAGUUCUUUGUUUUAUCCCUUCAUUGCUAAUUUUUGUCAAUAUUUACUUUACCUCUAUGCCCAGUUCUGAAUACUUGUGAUUUUCAAGGAUCUAAAUACCUGGGUCAUUUUUAAGAGUCUUUGCUAUCAUGUGGCUCAAUCUUUAAGUGUUUUUUAAUUUAUAUUGAGCUAAAUAGUAUCAUUUUAACAUAUCCUUCAUUUACAUAUCUUUUUGGCUGAGGCAUGAUCUUAUGUGAUAUUAAUAUCUAAAUAUUUAUAAAAUGUAAAAAAAUCAGCUUGAAAAAAAAUCAAAUUUAAUCUUGUUUCCAGGAGGAAUUUCUUUGGAAGAAGUUACCCCUCACUGACUUGCUAACAAUCAUGUUUUCUCAUCUCUGCUAUUGAUCAUUUUGAGUGGACACUUUCCAGAGUAUUUACUCAGCUUGGCUUCCUGCUAUGAAUCAAAUGUAGAUUUUAUGUUUUUAUUUUUAUUUUUUGAUACUGGGGACUGAACUCACGACCUCAUGCUUUCUAGGCAGACGCUUGUGCCGCUAAGUUACAUCCCCAGCCCUUUAUUUUUUUAAGAGUAGGAAAUGUCUGUUGGGGGGUUAGAAAUAGUUCUUGAGAGAGAGGAGAGGUCCAGGAUUGUGACCACCAGGCCCACGUAAUUUAUACAGCGAAGUCACAACAUGGGUGCAACAUGGGUCAAACUACAGUCAACUUAAAGAUAUGUGUGGAUUUUAGAUAUGAGCAAGAGAGAAAAGAUCGCUAUUCUGUGUGCACUGAAUUAGUUCAUCCAUAAGCCAAGAAGAGAAAAUUUUUCUAAAGAGAGAAAUAGGUGCCCCAAAACACUACAAAGUGACUACAGGGUAGAACAUUACAAAUCUUUCCAGUAUACCUGUUACCAUUUGUCUUUCUUCAUCCAAAGUGUAUGUGGUAAACUUUUCUAUUAUGAUCAUGGAGCCUUCUGAAUCGUGAAGCUCCACUCCAGUCAUUCAUGCUUGAAUUUUCAGUUCAAAUAAUGUUCAGACUAUUAUUCCAAAUUCAAACAUUGCAGAGUCUUGUGCUUUUAAUUUUUGAAAAAAACCUACUUGUACAUAACUUACUGUGAAAAUUAUUUUCAUUUCCCCAUAGGGAUUUCAGGAUUUUAAAGUAUGUUUGUGUUCAGCUCAGUUCACUUUGACAACCAGGUUUUCUUUCCUACUCAAAGCAUAGGUCUGUCCAGCCUCAGUUCAGAUAACCCCCGUGCUCUAGCUGUGGUGGGAGAUCACCGGCAGAGAGUGGAGGGAGAUUCCAAACCACAGUGUGAAAACACCGGACUCUUAGAUUGGCUGAAACCCAAGCACACGCUAAGUGAAGUAAUUAUCUGGUCGCACCAGGCCUUUGAGAUUACAGACAUCCUGCCAAAAUGAUUUCUUCAAAGUCCAGACUUGUCGUACCCUAUGGCCUCAAGACUCUACUUGAGGGAGUUAGCAGAGCUAUUCUCAGAACUAAUCCAUCAAACAUCACCGAGUUUGCAGCAGUUUAUUUUAAAGAACUUAUAGUAUUUAGAGAAGGGAAUACUUCUCUGGAUAUAAAAGAUCUGGUUAAACAAUUCCAUCAGAUUAAAGUAGAGAAAUGGUCAGAAGGAAUGACAUUGAGCAAGAAACUAGAACGUUUAAAAGAAUCCGAAGGAACAGCGGAGGUCUUCCAAGAACCUACACGGAUGGAAAAAUGCACAAACACAGAGGAGGACAAUAUUUCAGGUCCACAAUUCAUCAACAAAACCACCCAGUUUCCGACAGAAAGUGCUGAGUGCCUGCAGCCUGAGCCGGCUGAAGCAGUCCCCGGAAACAGCCCUUCUUCCAAACCAGCCACGCCUAAGGCCGCCACCCCACCCACGUCACCAUCUCCAGCGCCUGUCUCGGCAGAGUUUGCCUAUGUCCCCGCCGACCCGGCUCAGUUUGCCACUCAGAUGCUAGCAAUAGCAACAAGCGAAGCAGGACAAUCACCACCAUAUUCUAGCAACAUGUGGACUCUUUAUUGUCUAACUGAUAUGAAUCAACAAAGCCGCCCAUCACCGCCACCUGCACCUGGGCCUCUCCCCCAAGCAACCCUCUAUUUAUCUAAUUCUAAGGAUGCACAGUUUCUGCAGAAUUCACCAAAAGUUACUUCUACUUACGUGAUGAUGGACGACAGCAAGAAGACCAGUCCCCCGCCUUUUAUUUUAGUGGGCUCAAAUGUCCAGGAAGCACAGGAGUGGAAACCUCUCCCUGGACAUGCUGUCGUCUCCCAGUCAGAUGGCUUAAAGAGAUACACCACAGUACAAGUGCCCAUUGCUGUCGCUGCAGACCACAAAUUCCAGAAACACACCCAGAGUCCCCAGAAUGCUAGUCCUCCUACAAGUGGACGCGAUGGCCCCAGGCCACAAAGCCCAGUUUUUCUUUCUGUUGCUUUCCCAGUAGAAGAUGUAGUUAAAAAAGGCUCAGGGUCUGGUGACAAACACACUCCUUUUGGAAGUUACGGUAUCGCAGGGGAGAUCACUGUGACCAGUGCCCAUGCUCGCAGAGCAGAAUCUUAAGUCUGGUAGGUGAAUCUUCCUACCGUAGUACAGAGGCCUUCAUACACUUGAGUUCUCAGCAUUUUGAUUGUCAACCUAGAGAUUGAGAUAUUUUAAAAAACUGAAUUGACAGAACGAUGAGUCGGGGGCAUACUGAAUUUAUGGGUUGUCUCCAACUGCAUACUACUUAAUAAAGGCCCAGUAAUGUGAACCAA